CAAGCAGGGACCGAGUAGAGAAUUCCUCUUGGAAUUAGUAUGAAGAUUCUACCUUACAUGUUAGUUGUUCGCUAGGUGGUCUUAAUUGGAUUUGGUGCCAGUCACUAUUUUGAACCUGAACAAAUGUUGACCUCAUUGUUUACCUUUUCCUUGAUACCCAACUGCACCCCUAGUCCCACUUCAGGUUUUCCCCUCCACCCCAGGCAGGCCUGUGGCCGCCAUGAUGAGCAGCUCAUCCAGCCCAGCUGAGUUCUCCAGGGACAGGACCUCCCUCCUGUCUAUAGACUCUAGCGUCUUCUACAGCGAGCCCCCUCCUGUCUGUGACUACCCACUGGACUUCUUCACCAUCAACGUGGGAGGCAGCCGCUACGUUCUCUCCCAGGAGCUGCUGGCAUCUCACCCAGAAACCCGUCUGGGCAAGCUGGCCCUGUCCACACGGGACUCUGCCCUGGAGCUCUGUGAUGACGCUGACUUGCUGGAGAAUGAGUUCUUCUUCGACCGCAGCUCACAGACCUUCCAGUAUGUGAUAAACUUCUACCGCACAGGCCACCUGCAUGUCAGGGAGGAGCUUUGCGUGUUCUCCUUCCUCCAGGAGAUUGAGUACUGGGGCAUCGACGAGCUCUGCAUCGAUCCCUGCUGCCGGGAACGCUACUACCGCCGCAAGGAGCUCAAGGAGAGCCUGGACGUGCGGAACGAGGCUGAGGCUGACGAAAGCCAGGACGAAGACUUCAACGGCGCCGCGUGCCCAGAUCUCCGGCGGCGCCUGUGGGACCUGCUGGAGAAGCCAGAGUCUUCACGAGCGGCACGCGCCUUCGGCACGCUGUCCAUCAUCUUCGUGGCGGUGUCCAUUGUCAACAUUGUGCUCAUCUCGCUGGACCUGGGGAAUGUGGGUGGGAACGGGAUCGGUGACGAGAGCGGGGGCAAUGACGGGGGUACACCUUUCUUCGUGGACGCACUGGAAUAUGUGUGCGUGGUGUGGUUCACCGGCGAGCUGGUGUUGCGCUUUGUCUCCGUGCGCGACAAGUGCCGCUUCACCCGUAGCGUUCCCAAUGUGAUCGACCUGCUAGCCAUCCUGCCCUUCUAUGUGACUCUGGCAGUUGAGAGUCUGCACGGUGGCUCUACUGAGCUGGAGAACAUGGGCCGCGUGGUGCAGGUGCUCAGGCUCAUGAGGUCCCUCCGCAUGCUCAAACUAGGACGCCACUCCACAGGCCUCAAGUCCCUGGGCCUGACCAUCACCCAGUGCUACGAGGAGGUGGGUCUCUUGCUCCUCUUCCUCUCCGUGGGCAUCUCCAUCUUCGCCACGGUGGAGUUCGCCCUGGAGCAUGACAUCCCCGGCACCGCCUUCAGCAGCGUGCCCUGUGCCUGGUGGUGGGCCACCACCUCCAUGACCACGGUGGGCUACGGAGACAUCCGCCCCGACACCACCCUGGGCAAGGUGCUGGCCUUUCUCUGCAUCUUGUCUGGCAUCCUGAUCUUGGCACUGCCCAUCGCUAUCAUCAACGACCGCUUCUCUGCCUGCUACUUCACUCUCAAGAUGAAGGAGGCGGCGCUGCGGCACAGGGAGGCCCUCAAGAGGCUGGCACGGGGUUCGCUGGGUGACUCGGAGGUGGGUGGGGCAGCAAGGGGAAGAGGGGUGAACCUGAGGGAUGUUUAUGCCAGGAGUGUGAUGGAGAUGCUGAGGCUGAAAGGGAGGGAGAGGGCCAGCACACGGAGUAGUGGAGGGGGUGAGCUCUGGUGGUAGUGUGGAAGAUGGAGCACGAGCGGCUGUGGAGAAAAAGCUAUGGAAAAGUUAAGUCAAUUAGGUUAAAGAUGGAAUCCGCAGUAGGGGGAAACACCACUGGCUGCCCCACCACAGUUAUUAUUUUUGUUUCCGAGCUGAGGAGCGUCGCGAAGCAUGGCAAAUAGGUUCAUACUGUGCUCUUUUAUCACACGUGCAAUGAUGUCAGAGGGGAAAAACUGUGCAAACUGACGUGGUUGUUUCACCAUUUAAGGAUUUCAGCUUUAAGAACAUCAUCAGAAUAUGACAAUGUGUACAAUGUAUAGGACAUAUCUAAAGGAUGAUGAGGGGACAACUUUCAUGGCUAACCUUUUUCAGUGUUGUGUUCUGACAACUAUUGCAUGUUCUGUCUCCUCUGUAUGUGUCACAUAGACAAGAUGUAAAGUAUAAACUGAAUUAUAUUGUGUUUGAUAUUAAAACACUUAUUGAAAGAU